ACUUUUCACCACAGUUCUUUAAUUUCAAGCAAUUUUUAGGCCAUUCCUCUUCAGCUGCUUGGCUGCUUGCAUUUCCAUUUUACCAUGUAUCCCCCCUUCCUCAAAAGCAUUUUCGAAUUUUCCUCCUUUUUAACAACCCAACAAUCUUGACGUUUUAUAAUUUGAUCGCAAUCAACAAUGCCGGAGGAAAACAGUAGUGUGCCCAAGAGGAAACGUCGGUGCUGUCUUAUUAUCGGUGGGGUAGUUCUCCUCUGCCUCAUUCUAUUUUCUGUCAUAGUCCUGAUCUUGGCCCUGACUGUAUUUAAGGUCAAGGAACCAAGGUCUCAGCUCCUCUCCACCGCCAUUCGUGGGAUGGCUCCUAGUUUUUAUUCUCGUCAGCUAAACAUCACCAUUGACCUCAAACUCCGAAUUGAAAACCGAAACAGGGCAAGCUUCAGGCACGGCACGGGGAAGACUUUGCUUCUGUAUCAAGGCAACCAGGUUGGGGAGACUGAUAUCUAUCCAGGUGAAAUUCCUGCCAUGGGAUCAACCAACCUCUCCUGCCUUCUAACCCUCCAGGUAGAUAAGAUUGCAUCCAAUAUAGAAGCUAUGAUGCAGGAUGUUUUUGAUGGCGAAAUUGAAAUGGAGACUCAGGCAAGGAUUCCUGGAAGGGUCACCUUGUGGUUCAUCAAAAAACACAUCAUUGCAAAGUCUGACUGCAGGCUUACCAUUGCCGUUCCAACUUUUAAUGUUCAGAAACAGACAUGCAAGACCACUGCAAAGCUGUGAGAUUAACUUGAAUUUGUUCUGGAUUCCUUUUUGGCUCUUGCAGAGUAAAAUGGCUAUCUUGAUUUGAGAAAAUGAUCUAAAAUACCCAUCCUUUUUUCUCUUUAUUUUGUUAUUGGGGUUGUCAACUUGUCAUAGUUUCAAAGGAAAUAAGAUGCCAGGCACUAU